CUGAUCGAAUCUCUAGUUUCAGACUUGACUCUCUCUGGUUACUGUCUCGAGAUACAUGCAAUUUUGGCUCUCUACGCAAAUUUGACGGAGAACCGAUUGAUCUUCGUACUGCUAUGUUGAGAUAAGAUUGAAAUAGGAGAUAAGGAAAGUCCUAGGAGUUAUCUAAAAUACUAAUGUCUAUCGUGAUUAGGACUUUAGAAUCAUAUAUAUAUGGAGAUGCCGAUAUGUGGUAUAACAUAUGAGUUGUGAGAUUGAGAGCUUUAGUUUUUGAGUUAGUUUUCUAAAGCAUUGAGUGAUUAAUAAGAGAAGGACUUCUUAUUAAAAUUGUUUGUGAUUCUAUAUUUGGUAUCAGAGCCAUAAAGAUUAUUGAUGUUCGUUGCUGUUCGUGUGAUCAGAGGAGAAGCUUGAAGAUCAUUGAAGUUACGAAGAAGAAGAUGACCAUGGUUGAUGAUGAGAAGGAAGAACAAUUUGAGAUAAAACCUGUUCGGGAUGCCGUUACUACAAUACACGCUGGAACUGAACAAGUAAAGGAAUCUAGGUCGCAAAACCCGAUGGAUGAAUUUGAGAGAAUCAAUGAAGAGGAGGAAGAACAAGUUGAAGCAAGAGGUAGUGGACGAUCCGGUAGCUAUAAGAGCGGUUCAUACAAGCAAAGGCAUGAUAAAGAGAGAUAUGCGUACAUUGAUAAAGAGAGAGCUAUAUUUCUUCUUCUGUAUUAUCAAUGUAAUAAGCUCAGACAUUAUGCAUCAGAUUGUCUUGAUCGAUUGCUUAAGAUUCAAGAAGCUAACCCAAAGAAACAGACGGAAGAGUGGUUGAUAGCUCAUAAUGAAAUCAGUAAGCUUCAUGAGGAAACAAUAAAACGCUUUGUAAAAGCCAACAAAACUAUGGGAGACCGGAGAGUAAAGAAGAAGAAGAAAGUUGUUGUUGGAGAAGAUGAAGAGAAUGAGAUAGCUGAGGAAGCAGAAGCUGAGCUUGAUGUGGGAAUACCUGUUGUCGUGUCUGAAAAUAACAAGAACAAGACUGGCGUUGUUCUUAUACUUGAGAAGACCUCUCUCGAAGUUGCCAAAGUUGGAAAGACUUACCAGCUAAACCCUGACGAUCAUGCUAAUUUCUUGAGGAAGAAUGGCAGAUAUUCUGCUCAUUACAGACCAGACAUCACUCAUCAGGCUAUUUUGAUGAUCUUGGAUAGUCCGGUCAAUAAGGCUGGGAGAUUAAAAGCGGUGUACAUUAGAACAGAGCAAGGUGUUCUUUUUGAAGUUAAGACACAUGUUUGUAUACCAAGAACUUACAAACGUUUUGCUGGAAUCAUGUUGCAAUUGCUUCAGAAGCUUGACAUUAGUGCAGCUGGGAGGAGUGAGAAGCUUAUGCGGGUAAUCAAGAACCCGGUGAAAGACCACCUACCGUCUAACUGUAGAAAAAUAGGCUUCUCGUGUACCUCUGAGAAGCUGGUCAACCUGCAGAAGCACUUAUAUACUGUUUCUUACACAUUUGUUCUUACCACGAGAAACAAGGUUGCUUGCUGUUCCGAGAAGAAACAGAAAGAAGAGAUUGUUGAUAUCGACUCUGCUUAUGAUAAGGAUGAUCUUGCAGCUGUGGAAUAUGUGGAAGAUAUCUAUAGAUUUUACGAGUCUGUCGAGAGUAAAUGGCGUCCAAGCGAUUACAUGAGGUCUCAUAAUGAGAUUAACGAGAAGAUGAGAAUGAUUCUGGUUGAAUGGUUGGUAGAUGUACGUAUCAGAUUCUUGAAGCCAAACCCUGAAACGUUUGACCUCACCCUGAACAUCAUUGAUCGUUUUUUCUCUGGAAAACCAGAGAAAACCUCAAGAUUUAUGGAAAUAUGUCUGGUUAAUUCAACGGUGGAUAUGCUUGUUGACUCAGAGAAUAGCGUUUGUGAGAAAACAUUACUGGUUCUAGACGCAAUUUGCGAAUGUACCAAAUGGAGGACGAUAGUGAGAGGAAACGAACUGGUGAACAAGAUAGUGAAGAUUUCAGAGUCCGGUAAGAAAUAUUUGGUUUCUGUGCUAUGGAAGAUUGGUAAAACUGGAGAUGACACUGAGGUUGAAGAAGCGUUGCGAUUAGGUACGUUUAAAAUGUGUGUUGUGAUGUUACAAAUUGGAUGUGGAAAAGAGACGAAGGAGUAUGAUAAGAUGCUAAAAGCUAUUUCUGAUUAUAUUUACUACGGAGGUGAGGACUCAGAAUUACAGAGUAAUGAAGAUGAUGGAAAAUCAGUUAAGGUUACAGUUAAAGGCAAACAGAGAAGGACCCACUUCGAGUUUGACGGCAACAGAUACAAACUAGAGGGUCCGAUGCUACUUGUUUCAGCAGACAAAAAUCACAAAAAAUAUGUUGUCUUUAUCAAGGGUAUCAUGCAAACAAAAGAUGGAAGCAUGAUGGUUCUGGAACAGUUGUUUUACAGACCAGGAGAAGCAGAGAAAAAGUGUUGCGGAAACUGGCAAUCAAGUGACACAAGAGAACUGUUAUACAGUUUCCAUCGUGAUGAGGUGCUAGCAGAAACGGUAAUGCACAGAUGCCUGGUGUAUUUUGACAUUACCCAGAAACACAAAGUUAACUCUGUUUUUAUCAUACGGAAGGUCUACGAUACCGUUGAGAAGAAGCUCUGGAAACUGACUGAUAAAAAAUGUGAAAACACAAAGCAACAUGUCCAAGUAAAAAAAUCAAUGGUGCAUUUGGGUUAUCUUUCUGAGCUUGAACCUAAGGAAGUUCAAACUGAUCUAGAGAAUCUGUUGAAAGCUAAAAGAUCUUUCCGGAAAGUAAGCUUAACUUCUGUUAAUGUCAGAAAGGAGGAAAGGGUUGCAUUGAGGAGUCAACACAAAACUGAUGUGGAAGUGCUAAACCGAGAGCAUGAAGAAACUGUGAAUAAAACGGAGAAGGAGGAUUCAAAGUGGUGUAGUAAGGUACGGCACGGACGAGUUGACCUCUGUUUGGGCAUUGAGACGCAGAAAAAAGAGCUGGGGUAUUGUAUUAUUGACAAACGAGAAGAACUUGUAACCUCUUCAAGGGAGAGAGAUAAGUUUUUAGAGCAAGAGAAGAAGUUGGAAGAGGAGCAUAUACAGUUUCUGAAAUUAGCAAAGACAGAACACGUCCAAGUAGAACUUAAGAGGUUAGAAAAUCUGAACGUUGCAUUAUUUAAAUGGAAGAUAGCAGUGCGUUUCAACAUGAGUAAUAAGGAAGAAAGUGGAAUGGAGAAUUAUAGUAUGAUACAUACACUGAUGGAACAGCAAAGUGACAGCGAUACUACAAGAUGCCUGAGGAAUGUCGGCUGUUGUAAGAUCAGACCGGAGCUAUCUUGCUGUGUGAGGAUGACGAGACAAGAUAUGCAAAGAUUUGAGGGGUUUCGCAGAACGGUGAUGACGAUACAUGCAACUGUUGAGGUACCAAUUAUUGGAGAUAUUGGUAGAGGUCAUCGAACUGAUCUGGAUGAUGGCAAGAGCGUGUCAGGACAUAUAUUUUAUAGUGGUGGAAGAUCAACUACGUGGGGUUCAAGCAAACUAGAGACUGUUUUUUUACCAUCAUGUAAAGCUAAAGACAUGGCAGGGACGGAAGCUAUGGAACAAGCUAUAUGGCUUCGAAACUUACAUCGGCGUGAACAGAGAAGAGAUAACUUGAUGACAGCAUUCGGGAAAUUGAAGCUUAAGGAGAUGAGAGAUAUUGAUGAAGACUUGUCGAAAAUGAUUUCAAGCUUAAGGGGGAGAAUGUUGAGAUAAGAUUGAAAUAGGAGAUAAGGAAAGUCCUAGGAGUUAUCUAAAAUACUAAUGUCUAUCGUGAUUAGGACUUUAGAAUCAUAUAUAUAUGGAGAUGCCGAUAUGUGGUAUAACAUAUGAGUUGUGAGAUUGAGAGCUUUAGUUUUUGAGUUAGUUUUCUAAAGCAUUGAGUGAUUAAUAAGAGAAGGACUUCUUAUUAAAAUUGUUUGUGAUUCUAUAUGCUAUGGCUUCAGGCCUGAUAUCUGAUCUUUUAUUAUGGGCUUGGGCUAGAACUUUGGGUGGGACUACAGUUAUAUAGAUGCUAUAUAAACAUGGCUUGUAAAACGUUUUUUAAUUUCUCUAUUAAUAUAUAUG